AUAUUGACUUCGCGGAUCGAGAUUAAGAGUACGUAAUCAUGUCUGGACGAGGCAAAGGCGGCAAAGGGCUCGGAAAAGGUGGCGCUAAACGCCAUCGUAAAGUUCUUAGAGACAACAUCCAAGGCAUUACAAAGCCGGCUAUUCGCCGUCUAGCGCGUCGUGGCGGUGUAAAGCGUAUUUCUGGUCUGAUCUAUGAAGAGACUCGAGGUGUGCUGAAAGUGUUCCUGGAAAACGUCAUUCGCGACGCUGUGACCUACACUGAGCACGCUAAGCGCAAGACUGUGACCGCUAUGGACGUAGUAUACGCUCUGAAGCGCCAAGGCCGUACAUUGUAUGGUUUCGGCGGUUAAACUCCACUGGACCCAGUUU